CCUGGACUGGUGCUGAAAAUCAAGCGCCAUUUUCGAAGUUUUGUGUGAGUGUUGCGGUUGAGUUAGGAACGCAGAUGUCUUGAAAACUUCGCUUGUUUCGCACCACAACACAGCAAAAUGAUACCAAAGACGAUUUGCAUGUCCGUGCUUGCAUAUAGUGAUAAUCAUGGACGAUGGGACUAAGUCACACGCGAGAAAAGACCAAGUUAUAUUACCGGGUAACUGUGUUGCGCUGCAGCCGUUUAUUGCAAAACUUGCGCACAAUGUGGAAGAGAUUCGUGUGAGAGCAUUAAAGAACAUUCUGUUCAAGCUUGAGCACAAGUUGGUGUGUGCAGCUGAUCUGGUCCAGGAAAGGCAGCUGUUGAUUAAUCUGUUGCAAUGGUUCAACUUUCCAAAUGCUCCACUAAAGAAAGAGGUGCUGGGAAUUCUUGGAACUCUGUCGAAGCCUGUGUCUGGAGCGGAAGGUCUGUUAAGCAUUGGAGCUAUAGAGUUCCUGUCGCACUUGAGGCAAGAUGUGGAUCCUGAGUUACAUCGCGGCAUUGAUAGUGUGAUACAUCAACUGCUUAGCUUACCACAGGAUGAUGCUGUGGACCACAAUCAGCAGUGCUUGUAUAAGGAUGAUAACCCUGGGGUGAUAGAAAGCAUCCAAACCUCUGUGAACCACAGUGAAAAAGACAAAUCUUAUGGUCAACAUAGUACAACUCACAGAGAACCACAUUGUGCACCAGUGUCUUUGAACACACAGUCGUCACCUGCUCAGAAUGGUCUCCAUCCUAGCACUCAUAGCAUAUCUGUGUUGUCAUCUAUAAGCCCUGCUACUGGAUACUUUGGAGAACAAGAAGGGCAGGACUCAAAUCGAAAUAAUGUCAUUCCAGAACAGGUGAACUCACUUCAUGGUGCAGAAUCCUUGUCAAGAAACUCUAGUGACAAUUCAAGCCUGACCUUUCUUCCAUGGCUACCUUUGUCAGCAAGUGACAGGCACAUUUUGUCUGUGACAGCCAGUCGCCUACAGAGUCGCAGCUCGUCCUUGGUUUCCAAGUCUUGUGAGUUUCUCAGGGAUGUUCUGUUUAAGGAUUUCCCCGCAGAGAUCUUCUUACACAGGCCAAGUGUGCUUCAGUCUCUCCUAGAACUACUGGAGGAUAAGGUCCAUGUUGGUGAUGAUGUCACCCUUGUGCUUAAUGCCAUACAGUGUCUGUGUGACCUAAGUCGUCAUGUCCAUGUGCGACUCAUGACAGUGUCUGAUCUUGUACUGUUCUGUCCUGACCAAGACUGCUGGAAAUUCCGACAUAUCACUGUAUCAGUGGAAACAAAGAAUCAAGGCACUGAUCAUCAGGUGGCAAAUGUAAGAGAAACUGGAGAUGGAGGCGUUGACAGUGAUGAUCAGUCAAAUUCUAAUCUGUCUGACAACAAAGCCUCCCAAGCAAGUGAUGAAGAUGAAGAUGAGAUGGUAACAGAAGCACUACAAUUUAACCAACUCUCCUUGGAGGAGUUUUGCAUCAUUCUACUCUCCAGAGUUGUACCCAUGUUUCAGGGACCCCUGUGUACUGAUUCAGCCUUAAUUGAGUCUGCAGUUAACUUGUUACACAAAGUUCUGAGUUUAAUGACAAAAGUUUUUCCUGUUGAUCUGUGGAGAGGUGGAACCAAGUUGAACUCUUUGAUGGCCACUUCUCUCGUUAAUGUUAUGAAGAGCUUGGGUGAGAGUAUAGUGCACCACAUCAAGUAUUAUGUUCAGCUAGGACAUGAUGACGAUAAAGAGGAAGGUGUCAAGCCAUUAAAGCAUACACUACCAAUACAUCGACUGACAGUUAUCAAUCUGGCAACAUUACUGCUGCAAUUUUUGGAGAACUUGGUGCCUCUGGAAAUGGCUUGUAAAGUGGUUCCUUCUGAGGUAACUACAGUCAUGUGGCUCCUUUCUAUGGAUGAGCUCCUGGCUGCUACCCAUGCUCACCUAAGACCUGCUGCAAUGAAGUACCUGGCUGUUCUGGAUCCAUAUUCAUACAAACUUUGCAUUUUUGCCCAAGACAUUUGUGAGUCAAUGGCCAGCACUUGCAAAUUCUUAAAAGCAUGUAGAGUCAAGGAACUUGGAAACUCCCUGAAAGAACUCUCAAACCUUGUUCAAAAAUCUGUACCAAGUGUGACAUAUCACAAACAUAUGGAAUUCAUCCACGAGGCUCUGAAGAUCUGUAGUAGGGUUUGUGAUCCAUUAACUCAAGCAGAUGAACGGGCCAUCCCUGUUUGCCAGAAAAUAGUACUUCAGUUGCUUGCUCAUCCUACUUCUGAAGUUAGACUGCAAGCUUACAAAGCAUCACUAAGUCUGGUGAAAGAAGCCUGCAGGGUCAGUCACGUGACUGAACCCUUCUCUGUUGUCUGCCAAAAAGCACUGUUUAUUUUGGACAGGGCAGUGCUGCAUCAAAUCUGCUGUUUUGGGAUCUAUGAUGAAGAUGGAAAGGUCAAUGAUGUUGCAGUAGAACUCAUCACCAGCCUCCUUCUGGGCCGCCUAAGCAUGAGUGGAGAACUGUGGAAGACACUCUUAGAUGGACUGGUCGCGUCACUUCCCCAGCUGCAGGGUUCACUGUUGGUUGAUCCAGCACUGGACCAGUGCAUACUGGAGCUUGUAGCAUCAAAGGGUGCCACAGGAGGACAUGUCACUGCUGAAGGAGACAUCAUAACUUUACCAACACUAGAGAGGCUAAGAGGUGCACUGCGGCUUAUGUUUGUAAAGGACCCUAAACUGCGCAGCAAGGGCUUGGAAUCGGUUGUGUGGCAUUUGACAGAUGAAGCAAGCAAUGAAAAAAGACAAAGUGUGUUUCAUGGCAUUCACGCAGACAAUGCUGCAGAUCUAUUUAUUGUGGAUCAACUAACCACUUCUGUUCAUGCACACGCUCCAGUAUCGCACACAAGCAUGGAUAAGAGUGAAAUUCUUAAUCUUCAUUCCAUAUUAUCAUCUUCGUCCUUGGAUGUUGCAUUAAGGAAGUCGUCAGCACAGCAGCUGGCCAUCAUUUUGCAAGACCCUCGAUGGCAUGAGCCUAUGCUACAGGAACAUACAGAUGAAGUUUGCAUGUCCUCUCUUCAAGAAAUACUGGAUCAGGAUGCCCCUCUGCAUUCCUCGACCACACCUUGUCCUAGGGUGGAGCUCAUACCUCCCUGCCUGACCAUUCUGAGGCUGUUAGCAGAGUAUAACACUACCUGUAGACACAGGCUAGCAAGAAAAAUUUCCACGUACAGUCUGAUCACAAGGUGUUCUCUCUUGUGCCAGCUAAACGGUCAAGUUAAAUAUGAAGCUUCUUGCCUUAUGGUUCUUCUACUCUUUGAUGAGGUUGCAGUCGCUCUACCUCAUGGUGAUAGUGGUAUUCCUUUCAGCCUGCCAAAAUCCCUCGUUAGAAGAUUCCAGUUGCCAUUCUCUCCUCCUGUCCACACCCCUGUUAGUGUUCACCAAGUCCCAGGCCUUCAGGAGAAAGACACGCUGACUUCAGAACCAGCUGUUUCUAGGUUAAGGUUGGCCUGGAACCUAGGCUGGCAUGAGAAUAUCGAAAACCUGUCAAAAGUAAAGGGAGUGGAGGAUAUAUCUCAAUCCGAUAAGGACAUAGGGUACUGGGGAGCGUUGCAGUGGAGAACUCUUGACGCUGAACUGCUCAGCUGUAGCCACAUCACCAUAGCACUUACUAAUCAACUGCUGUGCAUGGAGUCAGCAGGCUCACACUAUGACGUGAAGGUGGCCCUUACUAACAUUAUGGCGCACCUGUUGGCUGAUAAGGGUCCAGCGAUACCUGCUGUAAAACAAAGGCUUGCUGUGGAGGUGUUGUACACUUUGAAAUGGGAAAACGCUUUUGAAAGAUAUCUUCAAGUGGUGCCAAAUAGCAGUGAUGAUGACAGCUUACUCAUAGAGCUGCUUAAAGUGUUGGACAUGAUCCUCUCCAGUCCCCGUCAACCUCCAGAGCCUGUGGUGGCCUGGGUAGCAAGGGCUGUGUUGCAAAGAGAUGGACCUCAGAUGACUAUGCUGAGAAACGUCCAAGCUACUGCGGGUUCACAAACUGUUUCUGAAUCAAAGAGAGCACUUCGCAAGCAUCUCCUUUCUUUCCUGGUCACUUUGGUCAAGAGCCUGUCCCGGUAUACCAAGGCCUGGAGACUGGAUAAAGAAAGGAUAUUUAUCGGAGACCUGGCUUAUGCCUUGGCCCUGAAUCUUGACUUAGCAGAUAACCCACAGUUUUAUGAUCUCGCUGUGCUUGAGACGUCAUUGGUCUGUUUGGCUCACAUCACUGCGCAGCCACAUUGGAGCUCAUACUGUAAAUUUUCACAAGGCAUGAGUCUGUGCAUACAGCUGAUGACAUCUUUGGUGCAGGUGGUUCUGGCCUUCCAUGCCGGCAGGCUUGGUGCUAGUUUAUCGUUUAUGGGUAAAGGUGUCACAUAUUAUUCCAGUCUCUGUCUUGUGCACCUCACACACGAGAUGUCUGCCAUUGAUCCAGGGCAGGCUUGGGUCUCACACUGGUUACGAAGUCAAGAUCCCCAGGAAGAGCCCUUACCUUGGCUGGUACCUUUGUUGACAGACCGCUGGCCUGAUGUCCGCUGGAUUGGUCUUUGUAUGUGCACUAGCCUUGCUGACAGCGAGCAGGGCCGAAGAGAACUAGAGAAGGCUGGAGAGAAGUUUGUAGGGGGCUUAUGGAGCUUUGUCUUCACCAUUCUGUUAGAUGACGUGGAAUGUGGUUUUGUUCGGCAACAGGCGGCUCUACUAUUAUGCAGUUUGACCAGUGGACUGUCACCUAACAUGGAUACCUCAGAGUCACAACCAUCAGGUCAACUUAAGAACACCUCCAAAGGCCUCCAAGAUCUCCUUUCCCUUCUUGAACACUUCAAGUUUUUCCCCAAGGUCUCAACCAUGCUCACAACCAGUGCCCUUCCAUUGAUGGUCGCACGAGGAACAUCCAGGGCCUGCCAAAGCUCUGCUUCUGUGUCCUUCUCAUCAGGCACUGAUACAGACAUUCCAUACAAGCCCCUUGGGUCAACGUCCCAGUCCCAGUCAGGUAGUGUGAGCUCGGAGGCUCAGACCGUAGUGACAGAAUCUGCUAAUGGUAAAGCAAGCCCUGGGGUGUUCUCUGUGGCGUCACACACCUCAAGUACAGUGCUAUCAGGGGUGUCAUCGUCUGCACCCGAAACACAGCUGUCAAGAACUCCCACUUCAUUGGUUCCCUUAAUCAACGAGAGAGGUCUUCCAAGUGGCAUGUCGAGUGCAAGUAGCAGUAGUGAUGUUAGUAGCACAGUCAGCUCAGUGGCACCAUCAGGGGCCUCGUCGGCCUCUGUGAGGUCCUCAGUGACACCGGGUCUUAUUGGUGCCACGGCAAGGCUCAUGAACAACUUAGUGCUCCUGGCACCUGGUAACGCUAUUUCAGCUCUGAACAAGGCCCAGAUCCUGAGCAGUAUCAACAACCAUGUUGAAUGCUCCGAGGUUCAAAGCUACCUCUGUGGAGAAGCCUCACUGCCAUUACCACGUGCAUCCGCUGUGGUGAUCCGAGAGAUACUCUCCAUGUACAACGAUAUCUUAGCUUUCCUUCACUCCGUGGUAAAACUGAAUACCAUAUUCUGCUUCAAUUUGUUACAAGACCAGGAGGCUCUGGACAGGAGUGUGUUACUGUUUUCACUUCGUACUUUUUCUGCAGAUGAAACCCUUCAGAAUAGUGUCUGCGCUGUUCGGGAGACUGUCGCUAAACUGCUAGUAGCACUGCUGCAGAAUCAAGGCCAGCUCUCAGUUCCUAGUGUUGUUGAAGAGACUUUGUUCACUCAUUGGAGUAUAUUUACGAGCGUCUUCAAAAACUCCCUCAAAGAAGGCAAAUCCCCGUCCCUCUCCUCCCUUAGGAUGUUACUUCUCAAGCUGCUUGGUCUCCUUCUAACUGUCGAGGGCAAACGUAGCCCCAAAGGGAGAGGCCCUAGGGAAAUAAAUUGUGAUGAACCCUCGACAAGAAAUCGUUUGACUCGCUUACUUGACAGUAAUGAUGGCUGUGAAAAUGGAGUAGACUUUGUGGAGAGUAUCGGAAAGAAAAAGGGACAAAGUGGCGUGAACAGCACGGGUUCGUCUGCAAACACUGAAGCUUCUGGAAGUGAACUUUGUGGCGUUUUGCUGGGUGUUUACGACUGUACUCCGUCGCGACAGAGUUCAGAAGUCCAGGACGAGGAGCAAUCGCUAGUGUCUGCAGUCUUGAGUUCUUUACUGGCCCUCAGUCAUGCAGCUAAGUCUAAAGCUUUACAAGCUGGUCUUGUGGAAACUGCUCUGGAACAUAUAAAGCAUCUUCAUGCACAGAUGAACAUGAACUCACUCCAACUUGGAAAAGGACCCUCUUGGAAAAGGAAGGAAGAUCCGUCCAUGAUUGAACUCAUUAAAGUACUACAGCUGCUGAGAAAUUUUAUUUACUGUAGUGCACCAGUCAAGGCGGCCUGUUUGGAGUGCGGCAUUGUUGAUGUGCUUCACAAGCUCUGGUCGUGGUGCACUGUGGAGGUACCACUUCUUAUUGAGGUCUUACGUCUCUUGUCAACGUUAACGGCACAGUUCUCCAAAGCAUCAGCGUUUAUCGCAGGCAGCUCUGGUGUUCCAGGGAAUGUCAGCCGUGCAGUUCAGAGCGGGAGUACCUUUCUUCACAGCCUGAUAAAGCUUAGUAACAAGACAAACAGCAAGCUUCAGAACAGCUCCGGUAGUGAACUGGACUCGCACCUGUCAGUACUGAAGGCCAUGUUUAAUCUGUUGAGUAACCUGGCCUUGAGCGCCGAAUGCAGAGGAGUCAUGUGGAAGACAAACUUUCUCCAGUCCUUCUCGUCGUUGAAGCCUCUUAAAAGCAGCGCCCAUCUCAAACAUAGGUCGAUAACCCGUGGCGUGACACUGUGCUGGCUUAACUUACUGGUUAACGUGACAUUCUUCACGGAUGGCCAACAAGGCGUGGUCAAGACUCCUGGGGCAGUGGAGGUGUUGUUAGAGCUGAGCGGAGCUCAGAACAAGCAACUACAGGAGAAGGCUCUUCUUGUUCUGAGGAAUUUGUGCUUCCAUGGGGCUAGCAGACCUGUUCUUUUGGUGAAUGAGAAACUCCUUUCUCUUCUUGUGGAUUUUACCACUGACAGUUCUGUUUAUCUCAGAGCAUUGUGUCUCUCAGCCUUGUGCUCACUNUUUUUUUUUUUUUUUUUUUUGUAUUGUUUUCCUUAUACUCAAGUUUUAAGGUAA